UCGGAUGUGUUUGGCCUAAUUCAGCUUGCAUUCUGCUCUCGUUGUCAUUUCGAAGAGUUCCCCUGCUCGCCGGGAUGGAAAAAGAAAAGAAGGAGAAGAAGGAGAAAAAGGAGAAGGACGAAAAGGAAAAGAAAGAAAAGAAGGACAAAGAUGAAAAGAAAGAAAAGAAAGAGAAAAAGGAAAAGAAGGAAGGCGGAGGGUUGGACCUGUGGUCUUCAACAGCACCCGAUACCGCUUCCAACCAAUACGGAGGUCCCAAGGCUCCCCAAGACAAAAGAGAGAAAGAACUUGCAAAGGAGAAGGAAACAAAAAAGGAUGCAGAGACCAAAAACUUAAUACAAGUGAGCGACGUCAUCGACCAGCAGUUGAAGAAAAAGAAGGAGGAGAAGAAAGAAGAAGUCAGGAAAGAAGCCGAGAAAAAAGCAAAGGCCAUGAAGGCUGCUAGAAGAGAACAGGAGGCACAGGAAGAAGAGGUCGACACGUAUCAGAUUGACGAUGGCACAGGGUUGGGAAACUUCAUGGACAAGAUCAAAGUGAUGGAAAUCAUGAAGGACACUGUUAAAACAGCAAACGCGCAAGGAGGCUCGCGAUGCCAGGUGUCUUCGCGUACAGUCGUGGGCGACAAGCUUUUCACCAACAAGGAUGUACAGUUCGAGUCCUUGGGUGACAUGAAGGCUUUCAAGGGCUUCAUCUACAUUAGAGGUCCAAAGGAGGAGCAAAGCGUUAAGCUUACGCUCAUCCGGCCGGCCACUGUGUACGUUGCGCUCAGCAAGUCUCCAAAUGAGGAUGACCCGUUUCUGCGGACUUGGAAGACGGAUACGGACUGCCGGCCGCCAGAAUUUGCAGAGAGCAUAGCUCAAAUUCACGAAGUUAAAAAGAAGGUCUACAAAGACCCGGACAACAGGCACAUAGAGGUGCCAAGACCACCAGCAGGUCUUGAGACUUGCCUGGUAUUUGUUGUGCCAGACUUCCAUGCCGAUGUGUUCGGCGAGGAGCAGCUGUCAGAAGAAGAAAUGCGCGAAAAGGAGCGACAGGAAGCUGCUGCAAGGAGAGCUGGCAAGUCGAGUAGCAGCACGGCCAAGGAAGCACCAUCAAAAGCCGACGAAUUGGAGGCCAUUCUCAAGAAGGCUGAAGCUGGAGAAAAGCUGUCGAACAAGGAGAAGCGCGUCCUUGACAAGCACAACGAAAAGAAUGUUCAAUACAAGAAUGAGGACGACGAGCCAAUCGGUACCCUGAACGCCUUCAGCAUUUCUCUGGAGGGUGGCAAGAACGAGCCGCCUCCUUCCGGGGAUGCCUUCGUUUGCAACAACUUUUCAUUGUCUGCUCCGAAACAGACCUUGUUUGACAACGCUAGUAUUACCAUUGUCCAGGGCCAUCGCUAUGGCAUUCUCGGGCCCAACGGUCAGGGGAAGACAACCCUGCUCCGACAUAUCGCUGCCCGCGAGAUGCCAGUUCCUGUCAAUUGGGAUGUAAUUCUUGUGGAGCAAGAAGCCAAAGCGACGGAGCGAUCAGCGGUCGAAGAAGUUCUUGCAGCUGAUCUCAGGGCUGCGGAGUUGAUCAAAAGAGAAGCAGAGCUUCUACAAAAGCUGGAGGACAUUGAGACAGAUAUGGAACAAGGAAAAGACAUCAGUGCAGAGGAGGUAGAAAGGACCCGAACUGAAUUGGAGAGCACCUCCGCCGAACUGGAGGCAAUUGGAGCCGAUUCUGCAGAAGCGAGAGUCAGAAAGAUUCUUUGUGGUCUUGGCUUCACAAACGGCUCUCCAGACGAGGACCGAUUUUCUAUGGACAGGCCGGUGGUGCAAUUCUCUGGCGGCUGGCGGAUGCGAAUCAGCUUGGCAAAGGCCCUUUUCCUACAACCCAAGCUUCUGAUGUUGGAUGAGCCUACAAACCACUUGGAUCUAGAUGCCGUCUUGUGGCUGGACAACUACCUCUCAGAACAGUAUCCGCAUGCUGUCGUGGUUGUAUCCCAUGAUGCCGACUUCCUUGACAGCAUUUGUACAGACAUUUUGCACCUCCAGGACAAAAAACUGGUCCACUAUCGAGGUGACUACUCUGCAUUUAAGAAGAUGCACCUGCAGCAAAAGGCAACCAUGGACAAAGAAUUCAAGAAGCAGCAGGAUGAGCUCAAGGCCCUCAAGAAAAAGGGAAAGACGAAGGAAGAGGCUGAGAAUCUUGUGAAAGAAAAGUUCAAAUUGAGCACACUUGAUGAAAAGCAGAAGGACUACAUCGUCAAGUUUAAAUUUGAAGGCCAUGGGAUGGACAGAACCUUGGGACUCAACGUCUCCGAGGUAGCAUUUAGCUAUGAUGGCAAGGAGCCCUGGCUGCUUGACGAAGUUGAGAUUGGUGUGGACUGCGGCUCCCGGAUUGCUAUCGUUGGGCCCAACGGCGCUGGCAAGUCGACAAUCCUCAACCUGAUGAUGCAGCACUUGGAACCUUGCCAAGGCGAGGUGUCAGUCUCCAAAGGCAUUCGGGUCAGGCAGUAUCAUCAGCAUUUCGAAGAGCUUUUGCCACUGGAUAAGACAGGCGUAGAAUAUCUCACUGAUGCAUUCAAUCUCGGACCGCCAGAAAAGGCUCGAGCAAUUCUAGGCCAGUUUGGACUUCCAGGUGGAUCUCACUUCACAAAGAUCGGCAAUUUGUCCGGAGGUCAGAAAGCUCGCGUGGCCUUCGCAGCUCUCAUGCUGAUGAAACCUCACAUCAUCAUCCUUGAUGAACCGACAAAUCAUUUGGACAUUGAGUCUGUUGAAGCUUUGACAACGGCCAUUUCAAACUUCAAUGGUGGCUUAGUGCUUGUGAGCCAUGAUGCCCGUUUGAUCACGGAAGUCGAAUGUGAACUUUGGGUUUGCGAGGAUGGCGGGUGUUAUCGAUUUGAGAAAGAUUUUGAUGGCUACAGAGACAAAGUUCUACAUCAGUUGGACGAGCGCCAAGCUGAAGUGGAGCGCAUGGAGCAGAAACGAAGAGAAUUGAGAGCUCAGAAACGAGCCAAACAUCUCUCAGAGGAACAGCUUCAAGCAGCGAAGAAACGAAAGGAACAGGAGUUGGCAGCUGAAGCAGCUGAAAAAGCUCGAGCUGAGGCUCAAGCAUCUCAAGCUCAAGAAAAGAAAGACAGGCUUCAAACAGCCCAGGAGCCAGAAGCAGCACAGCGUCCUAAUGAAAGCGAAGCUCCGCAAAGCAGCGACAAGAAGGGCAAGGAUGAAGAUAAAGAUCGGGCAGAUGAAGAAGACGAAGACGAAGAAGAAAGCGAAGCAACAAGCACUGAAGAUGUGCCAAGCAAAGAAACAGCGGAAAGGGGCAGCACUGACCAACAUCAAGCCAGUCAACAAGAAGCCGAAGACGACCAAAAUUCAGAAAGCAGCGAGGACAGCGACGAAGAUGAGCUUGUGUCGCGAGCACUUGCCAAGGCCAAGGCCAAGGCUCUUGCAAGACCAGAACCAGAAGAGGAGAGCGACGAAGAAUCUGGAGAUGACGAUGAAGAUGAAGAGGAGGUGCCCAAACCAAAGGCCAAGGCCAAGGCAAAAGGCAAGAAGAACCGAAGAGACGAUGACUCUGAGGAGGAGGAAGAGCAUCAUGGGAAAGCCAAGGCACAGGCAAAGGCCAAAGGAAAGAAGGGCCAGCACGAUGAUGAGGAGGAUGAGGAGGAGGAAGAGCACACUUCAAAAGCUAAAGCAAAGGCAAAGAACAAAAAAGGACACCGAGGACAUGAUGACGACGAUGAAGAUGAGGAGGAGGUGCCCAAAGCAAAAGCCAAGGCCAAGGCAAAAGGCAAGAAGAACCGAAGAGACGAUGACUCUGAGGAGGAGGAAGAGCAUCAUGGGAAAGCCAAGGCACAGGCAAAGGCCAAAGGAAAGAAGGGUCAGCACGACGAUGAGGAGGAUGAGGAGGAGGAAGAGCACACUUCAAAAGCUAAAGCAAAGGCAAAGAACAAAAAAGGACACCGAGGACAUGAUGACGACGAUGAAGAUGAGGAGGAGGUGCCCAAAGCAAAAGCCAAGGCCAAGGCAAAAGGCAAGAAGAACCGAAGAGACGAUGACUCUGAGGAGGAGGAAGAGCAUCAUGGGAAAGCCAAGGCACAGGCAAAGGCCAAAGGAAAGAAGGGUCAGCACGACGAUGAGGAGGAGGAUGAGGAGGAAGAGCACACCUCAAAAGCUAAAGCAAAGGCAAAGAACAAAAAAGGACACCGAGGACAUGAUGACGACGAUGAAGAUGAGGAGGAGGUGCCCAAAGCAAAAGCCAAGGCCAAGGCAAAAGGCAAGAAGAACCGAAGAGACGAUGACUCUGAGGAGGAGGAAGAGCAUCAUGGGAAAGCCAAGGCACAGGCAAAGGCCAAAGGAAAGAAGGGUCAGCACGAGGAUGAGGAGGAUGAGGAGGAGGAAGAGCACACCUCAAAAGCAAAGGCAAAGGCGAAGGCAAAGAAUAAAAAAGGACACCGAGGACAUGAUGACGACGAUGAAGAUGAAGAGGAGGUGCCCAAGGCAAAAGCCAAGGCCAAGGCAAAAGGCAAGAAGAACCGAAGAGACGAUGACUCUGAGGAGGAGGAAGAGCAUCAUGGGAAAGCCAAGGCACAGGCCAAGGCCAAAGGAAAGAAGGGCCAGCACGAUGAGGAGGAUGAGGAGGAGGAAGAGCACACUUCAAAAGCAAAGGCAAAGGCGAAGGAAAAGAAUAAAAAAGGACACCGAGGACAUGAUGACGACGAUGAAGAUGAAGAGGAGGUGCCCAAGGCAAAAGCCAAGGCCAAGGCAAAAGGCAAGAAGAACCGAAGAGACGAUGACUCUGAGGAGGAGGAAGAGCAUCAUGGGAAACCCAAAGCAGAGGCAAAAGCCAAAGGAAAGAAGGGCCGAAAAGAGGUUGAGGAGGAGGAAGAUGCGCCGGAGGUUCACUCAGAGCGCAAGAAACCAAGAGCAAAAGACAAGAAAGCCGCAGAACAUGCGGAUGAGAUGGGGAAGGCAGACAAAAUCAAAGAGGAAGAUCCAGGGUCGAAGACCGGGAAGGAGGAAGAAGCUGGAGACGAUGAGAGUCCAACCGGGAAGGAAUCAGCUGGUGGUGGUAGACACAGUGAAUACACUGUGGCAAAGGUUGUCAAUGUGGAACCAAUGAAAAAGAAGAAAGGGAUGUUCUUGGUGGAGCUGGAGACUGGAGGUGGUGAAGCCACAGUGGUGACCUCCUUUGACAAUUUGGAACCUAAACAGUCGGUGAUUUUUGCUCCAGAAGGUUCUUCAGUUCUUGGGAAGGAAGUCAAGCGCCAGAAGGUUGCAGGUGAAUGGGCAGCAGGAGUGAUCUGCGGACCCAUGGAGAUGGGCUUGACUGGUGAUGCUUCCAAAGCGCUUGUUCUGACAAAGGCAUACAAGGUUGGCGCCGCAGCUCCUGCAGAUGGUGUGUAAGACUCUGUUUAGCCACGCGCAGCUCACACUUGUUCCUGUACAGUUCACAGGUAUGGCGCGUCCAAGAGCAGCACAGCAACAUGACUCAAAGGAAAGGAUUCACCCCAUGCAAAA